ACGAGUUGCAUGUGGUGGCAGGAGCCACCUCCCCCUCCCCAGUGAGCCCGGGACAAGCCCUGCUCCAUCCUGCAUCCCUGGACAAGCUGAGGCUUUGUCCCCUGGCCGCCCCGCCUGGGCAGCACUUGCUCCAGUCCCUGCCUCCGGAGAUCCCUCCUUCACAUCAGGGCCUUGAUCUGCCUCCCCCACCCUCCCUGCCAUGCUCCUUCCCUUCCUUUCCCCACUUUUCCCCCAUACUUACCGGCUGGAGGCAGCUCUCCGUGCUGCAGGCUGUCUCUUCAGUGCCUAUGCGCUGUGCUGUGGCUGUGCCCGUGCCCAGCAUGGACAUUUAUUGGCCAAUUAAGGCCGAUAUAGAUCAUUUUCCUUAUAUCGAUACUGAUCCGAUAUCAGACUGAUGUAUCAGUGUACCUCUAGUUUGCAUAUAGGCUUUUAAGGAAACAAGGGGGUUGCUGGAGGCUGUUAAUGAGAGAAAUGAGUUCUUGUGGGGCUUAUAAAUGGGUUAACAGCUAUUUUUUAUGUUAACUUGUCAAAGGUGUCUAGACUACUGGGCUAUCUGAUAAGGAAACGUCUCAUCCGGUUCCUUAGGUGCAGAUGGCAAAGAGAAAACUGUUCCCCCAUCAAAGAACGGGUGCAGAUUUUCUGUGAGCAGCAGACUACAAUGUUAAGUUACCAUCAGAUGAAUGCCUUCUUUAAGAUGCCAAAUUUUCCAUAAUAAAGCAUUGUCUUUCCAUUGCUUAUUUCUGUAUUUGCUUUCUACUUGAAAAUUAAUAACUGGCCAGAAUGACUAAGUAUAGCAAAAACUUUUUUUUUUUUAAUCUGUUUAUCAGUCUUGAAUUGUGAGAACUUCUGGGGAGUUCUGAGCCUCAUCUGUUGGAUUCGUCACAUUUCUGACACCUGUUUCAUAUUUUAUUUUUCAGCUGUAGUCUGACCAUUUCUUCCAGUGAUGAUGAAGAAUUUGAAAUGUUUUUAUCUAGAAUGAAGACUCCAAAAUCCCUGGCCCAUCAAGUCCCAAAGAAGCAAAAUGACAGGGCAGUAUUGUGGUUAGGAGCUUUGAGAGCACUCGCAUCAUGAGCUCAUUCAUGGAGAUAUAUUAGUUCAGUUACUUCUCUCUACCUCUUUUCGUCCUUCGUUGAUGAGAUAGGUCUAAUGAGAUACUCAUCCCCAACUUGCUGAUUUUGUUGCACUUUAAAAUAUGCAAAUAUAAGCAUGAAAAAUGUGGAGGCAGCCAUGGUGACAAGCAUUGCAAUAGAUAACUGUUUGAGUGACUUCAUUGUUGACUCCAGGGAGGACUUUUUCACAGAUUUUAAAAGAAAAGAAGGUACAACGCUGAAAGAUGUUUGGGCUCGAGAGAAACCCGUGGCUAGAGGAAAGGAAAAUGCUUGCUAUAGGGAACAGCUGCGUUUGGAGUUUUUAAGUGACAGCGACACUGAAGAUUCUGUUUUUAUAAAAAGUACGUGGCGGGACCGCCACCAAAAGAGUGGCGAGAAGGGCUUGAAGAAGAACCUGAGACGCACAAAACAACCCCCUUCUCACAUAGAAAAAGAUCUUGCUUUUUCUAAAUAUAAUCUGAGCCCAUCUCUGGAUGAGAAGGAGCAAGGUUGUGAAGGGGAGAGUACAGAGGACAAAAUACAAACCUUAGUGUUGCAACAAAAUGCGACGGUAGACUCAGACAGCUCAGAAGAUGAAUUUAAAUCAUUAAUAGAGCGGAUAAAAAAGCGAAGCACACCUCUGACUCCAAGUUUACCCAUGAACAAAACCACAGUCUGUCAACCAGCUACCAAAGAACUGGAAAACUUCAGGUCUUCCUGUGAAAGCAUACAGCAGGCUGUUCAGAGGGAGAGAAUCCAGAGACACAACUCAGAAUCUUUGCUGAAAGAUGCUUCUUCCAGUUUAAUGCCUUGUACGAGACUUCCUGAGAUCCAGUCAGUUAAUUGCAUGCAUCCAUCCCUAUCCGAGAAAAGAUCAAAUCUUUGUCCAGUGCCUGGCUGUUUCUUACAAGAUCUCUCAAAACCAACAUCUCAAUAUGUGAAGGAUUUCAGGAGAAAAAAGGUGGUGUUGACAGAGGAACUCUACAGUCUUUAUAACAGCACCAUCUUUGAGCAAAAGUUACCAGAGAAACUGGAAAUCAUCUGGAAUAAAAAGAUGCGGAAGACAGCAGGGUACUGUGUAACUGGGCAAACAAAAGGUCCUGAGUUGCAGCGCUAUGCUCGGAUAGAGCUCUCUGAAAAAGUUUGUGACUCUGCAGACCGACUUCGAGACACACUGAUCCAUGAGGUUUGCCACGCAGCCACCUGGAUUAUCAAUGGAAUACGAGAUGGACAUGGACCAAUUUGGAGAUUUUACGCUAAGAAAUCAACUGUAAUUCAUCCAGAGCUGCCAAUGGUGACACGAUGCCACAGCUAUGAGAUUAAAUACAAAUUCACUUAUGAGUGUUCUGUGUGCAAAGCCACGAUUGGGCGUCACUCCAAGUCGCUGGACACAGAGCGUUUUGUGUGUGCACACUGUAGGGGGCAGCUAGUCUUGUGUCAGUCCAGCAGGAAGGAUGGUACUCCUGUGAGAACACAGCUAACUCCAUUUGCAAAGUAUGUGAAAGAAAACUAUGGGUCUACCAAGAAAAAGCAGCAUGCUUUGAGCCAUACAGAGGUCAUGCGGAAGCUAAGUGCUGACUUUGCUUCAAAGACCAGGCUUCUAGAUUCCUAAUUGUAUCUGAGCUUUGUGCUUUCAAUGUUACAGAAGUUUGUAGCAUUAGAAAAAGCAGACGGGUCUAGUUGGCUGCAAUUUAGUUUCUAAUUUGGAAGGGUUGCAUGCAGCAGGGAUUCAAUGAAUUGUUGUUUUUUUUGUUGCUGUUUGUGUCCCAGCUUGUAAGGUGCUACAAAGUCUUUAAGGUCUGAGCUGGUUGCAUUCCAAGAACAGGGUUCAAAAUUACUGGUGGAAAUAAUUUCCUUGUCUACAGAUUAUAUAUUUAUCUUUCCUUUAUUUGGCAGAAUUUUCCUCUAGGAAGGAGCAGGUUUUUUGCUCCUACUCAGCAGGAGUUCCUUGCACGAUUCUCCUGUUUCACUCAGGUGGCUGUUAGUGAAACACUUCUGUCUCCUUAAGGUGUUAGGGGAAAGGUGAUCUACCCAAGACGUGUUUGGACCUGCAUCCAUUGCUGUAGAAUAUUCUGGGAGGGGGGUGUGGAUGCAUCUGUUUAGUUAAGUGUUAUUGUAACUGACCUCUAAACACCGGGAUUUCAUAGAGGGCCAAUGAUAGCUAAAGAGGGGGAAACUCAUUUAGAACCUAAGUAUUUUAACCCGGUUUGAGAGAGAUUCUAGAACCAUUUAACUUGGGCUGAGAGACGGGGAAGGUCUUAAACCUAGAUCAAAUAUUUCAGUUACAGAUUUGUGAUAUGUUUUUGGGGGGUUUUUUGUUUAACCAGUGUGUGUACUGUGAAUAAUUUGUCCAGGUGAUUAUAUCAGUUUUGUAAGUUUUAUUCAAGUAUUAAUAAAACAA